GGCUGGGCUGGGUCAAAGGCGUGGGCGGCGGAACCAGGAAGGCGAACCCACCCUGAUCCCUGAGCCCCGACUGUGCUUGGUGAAGGAUUGCCUUCUCUUGGUCCGGGUGCUGUGGGGAAAGAUGGAGCGGCACCGGCCGCGGCUGCACCACCCAGCCUAUGGCUCCGCCGCCGGGGCCCCCUAUCCCUCCUCCGCCUUGCUCCGCAGCUGCCGGGAGAGCAAGAUUCAGCGCAAGAAGGGCCCCCAACACCCUCCGUUGCCUCGCGGGCCAGAGGAGCCUGGGGAAAAACGCCCCAAAUUUCAUUUAAAUAUUAGGACACUGACGGAUGAUAUGCUGGACAAAUUUGCCAGCAUAAGAAUUCCAGGGAGCAAGAAAGAGAGAACUCCUCUUCCCAACGUGAAGACUGUGUUUGCAGGCCAUGACUGCUCAUCAGCACCUUCAGAGAUCAUGGGAAGCAUCCCAAAGCCACUGUCAGAGAAUGAAGUCCUACAGCUUUUUGAAGAGAUGAUGGAAGAUAUGAAUUUAAAUGAAGAUAAAAAGGCACCAUUGCGGGAAAAAGACUUCGGUAUCAAAAAAGAAAUGGUGAUGCAGUACAUUAAUACUGCUUCUAAGACAGGAAGUCUUAAAAGCAGUCAACAGAUUUCACCUCAGGAAUUCAUCUAUGAACUCAAAAUGGGUUCUGAGGAUGAGAGACUUGUGACAUACUUGGAGUCCCUCCGGGUGUCUUUGACCAGCAAUCCUGUGAGUUGGGUGGAAAGCUUUGGACAUGAGGGACUUGGAUUACUACUAGACAUUUUGGAAAAAUUGAUUAGUGGAAAAAUCCAAGAAAAAGUUGUAAAGAAGAACCAACACAAAGUCAUACAGUGUCUAAAGGCCUUGAUGAAUACACAGUAUGGCUUAGAAAGAAUUAUGAGUGAAGAAAGGAGUCUUUCCUUAUUGGCCAAAGCCAUGGAUCCCAAGCACCCCAGUAUGAUGACAGAUGUGGUUAAGCUCCUUUCCGCUGUGUGCAUUGUAGGAGAGGAAAGCAUCCUUGAAGAAGUUUUAGAAGCUUUAACUUCAGCUGGAGAAGAAAGAAAAAUUGACAGAUUUUCUUCUAUUGUGGAGGGCCUUCGGCAUAAUUCUGUUCAACUGCAAGUAGCUUGUAUGCAGCUCAUAAACGCCCUUGUUACAUCUCCUGAUGAUCUGGACUUCAGGCUUCAUAUCAGAAAUGAAUUUAUGCGUUGUGGAUUGAAAGAGAUAUUACCAAGUUUAAAACGUAUUAAGAAUGAUGGCCUGGAUAUCCAACUUAAAGUCUUUGAUGAGCAUAAGGAAGAAGAUUUGAUUGAGUUCUCUCAUCGUCUGGAAGAUAUUAGAGCUGAACUUGAUGAAGCAUCUGAUGUUUACAACAUGGUAUGGAACACAGUUAAGGAAACCAGAGCAGAGGGAUAUUUUAUUUCUAUUCUUCAGCAUCUUUUGCUGAUUCGAAAUGAUUAUUUUAUAAGACAACAGUACUUCAAAUUAAUCGAUGAGUGUGUAUCCCAGAUUGUAUUGCAUAAAGAUGGAAUGGAUCCAGAUUUCACAUAUCGAAAACGAUUGGAUUUAGAUUUAAGUCAAUUUGUAGAUGUUUGCAUAGAUCAAGCAAAACUAGAAGAGUUUGAAGAAAAGGCAUCAGAACUUCACAAAAAAUUUGAAAAAGAGUUUACUGACCACCAAGAAACUCAGGCUCAAUUGCAAAAAAAAGAAGAAAAGAUUAAUGAGCUUCAAGUACAAUUGCAAGCUUUUAAAUCUCAGUUUGGUGCCUUGCCAGCUGAUGUCAGUAUUUCUUUGCCACCUUCAAAAGAAGAUGGAGCUGGUCACCCACCACUUCCUGCUCCCCCUCCAUUGCCCUCUUGUGGAGGGUUGCCACCUCCACCACCCCCUCCACCACCACCUCCACUUCCAGGAAUGCCCUUGCCAUUUGGUGGUCCUGUGCCUCCACCUCCUCCUCUGGGCUUUUUUGGUGGUAGAAACUCUCCUCCUCCACCAACACUGCCAUUUGGGUUGAAACCAAAGAAAGAAUUUAAACCUGAAACCAGCAUGAGAAGAUUGAAUUGGUUAAAGAUCAGACCUCAUGAAAUGACUGAAAACUGUUUCUGGAUAAAAGUAAAUGAAAAUAAGUAUGAAAAUACGGAUUUACUUUAUAAACUUGAGAAUACUUUUUGUUGCCAACAAAAAGAGAAAAGAGAUGAAGAAGAUUUUGAAGAGAAGAAAGCUAUUAAGAAAAAGAUUAAAGAACUUAAAUUUCUAGAUUCUAAAAUUGCUCAGAACCUUUCAAUCUUUCUGAGCUCUCUUCGGGUGCCAUAUGAGGAAAUAAAAACGAUGAUAUUGGAAGUGGAUGAAACACAGUUGGCAGAGUCUGUGAUUCAGAACUUAUUAAAGCAUCUUCCUGAUCAAGAGCAAUUAAAUUCCUUGUCUCAGUUCAAGAGUGACUAUAACAACUUAUGUGAACCUGAGCAGUUUGCUGUUGUGAUGAGCAAUGUGAAGAGACUGCGGCCACGGCUCAGUGCUAUUCUCUUUAAGCUUCAGUUUGAAGAGCAGGUGAACAACAUCAAACCUGACAUCAUGGCUGUCAGUACUGCCUGCGAAGAGAUAAAGAAGAGCAAAAGCUUCAGCACGUUGCUGGAACUUGUAUUGCUAAUGGGAAACUACAUGAACGCUGGCUCCCGGAAUGCUCAAACCUUCGGAUUUAACCUUAGCUCUCUCUGUAAACUAAAGGACACAAAAUCAGCAGACCAGAAAACAACAUUACUUCAUUUCCUGGUAGAAAUAUGUGAAGAAAAGUACCCUGAUAUCCUGAAUUUUGUGGAUGAUUUGGAACAUUUAGACAAAGCUAGUAAAGUCUCUGUAGAAAUGCUGGAAAAGAAUUUGAAGCAGAUGGGAAGGCAGCUUCAACAGCUUGAGAAAGAUUUGGAAACCUUUCCCCCUCCUGAGGACAUGCAUGACAAGUUUGUGACAAAGAUGUCCAGCUUUGUUAUCACUGCAAAAGAACAAUAUGGGAAACUUUCAAAGUUACUUGAAAACAUGGAAAAAUUGUACCAGAGUAUAAUGGUAUAUUAUGCCAUUGAUUUGAAGAAGGUGUCUGUAGAAGACUUUUUUACUGACUUAAAUAACUUCAGGACUACAUUCAUGCAAGCAAUAAAGGAGAACAUCAGAAAAAGAGAAGCAGAGGAAAAAGAAAAACGUGCCAGAAUAGCUAAAGAAUUAGCAGAGAAAGAAAGACUUGAACGCCAGCAAAAGAAAAAGCGCUUACUAGAAAUGAAGACUGAGGGUGAUGAGACAGGAGUGAUGGAUAGUCUGCUGGAGGCCCUGCAGUCGGGGGCUGCCUUCCGCGACAGAAGAAAAAGAACACCAAAGCCGAAAGAUAUUCGGCAAAGUCUCAGUCCAUUGUCUCAGAGGCCUGUUCUGAAAGUUUUUAACCAUGAAAAUCAGAAAGUGCAGUUGACAGAAGGGUCACAUUCACACUACAGUAUCAAUUGCAACUCCACAAGGACUACAGUCGCCAAGGAGCUUAAUUAUAAUCCAGACAUUCAUUCGUCUACAGGGAGGAUCAAGGCAGUUGAGAAGAAGGAAGCCUGUAAUGUAGAAAGUACCAGAAAAAAGGAAAUGGAACUUCUUGGCUCUGUUUCUAAAAACGAAUCAGUUCCCGAAGUUGAAGCCCUGCUGGCAAGAUUACGAGCUUUAUAAAUUAAACUGGCAAAAAAAAUGAUUAAGCCAAAUAUAAAGCCAUGCUCUAAGCUAUAACACUUGAAAAAAUUGCUUUUAUAUAAGUGACUUUAUAUAGUUUUAAAUUAUGAUAUAUAUUAGAAAAAUAAAGCUAAAUACAUUAUUGC